CGGAUUUUGACUGUGAUGAAAGUCAGUUGAAACUUGUUCAUCUGGAAUUAUGCUUUAUAUUGCUUAAAAACGAAAUGGCCUCAAUCAUGCACUUAUAGGGUGACUCAUUUAACAAGUGUAGUACCUGGCUAAGAAAUGGGAUCGUUUGCGGAUUACAUGGGAGAUCAUAUUUGGGUACGUGUUAAUGCACGUCUUGUGAAACUACAUGUACUGUACAAGGAGCAAUAACAAUGGAUCAGCGUAUGAAUGCAAAUAUUUUUCCAAUAGGAAAAUUUUCGUAAUCAAGGGCGCUUUUAAACUUAAAUUAAGGUAUAACGACGCAUCGUCAACAAUAUCGUUAACAAUAAGUGAUUAAAUGCGCAUUUUUUUUUUGUGCAUUACUAGAAAUGUCACAUUGAUGAAACAAUUCGAGCGUAUAUUUGCAGAAGUAUAUGGUGCAAAUCGAAACAGAAAAAAUUUAAUUAUGAUGGAAGAAAGAUCACAUUUACAAACAAGCAAAGAGAUCAAGAAUUUGGAAAGUGCUGUACAAAUCAAAGCAAGGUGAUGAGACUUUUAACAGCUGAAAUUAAAAAGGAGAAAUAGUGCAUAUGACUAUGAAUUUUUUUGUUGCUUCUAAUACAGUCAGUUGUGUGAUAUUGUGAACAUAAGACUGCACUUUAGGUUAUAAAAAUUUGGUUUUUAGAACACUGAGUGAAUCCAGGUAGGAAAAAUAGCAUAUACUGCUCAUUGACUGGCUGAUUGUUAGUGUAAUUUGUCUUUUUAGAUUCCUAUCCUGAUUGCUCUUGGCAUUGCAUUCUUGUUAGUCAUCAUAGUUUGGAUUCUCUGUAAACGCAGGUUGGUUCUUUGAUUGUUUUAUUGUUAUUUCAAUAAUUAUUAUUGUUGAUGAUGUUGUGGUUCAGUUUUAUCCUUGGUCCAAAUUUUAUUUUCCUUUGUUUCAAACUCAUUAUCAUACAUUACAAUACCCAAGAACAAAAGAAAAGAAAAUUUGAACCAAGGAUAAAAUUGAACCCCAACAUUGAUGUUAUUGUAAUAGUUGUUAAUUGCUCUCUAAAGCAUAAGAUAGGAUAUGGUUGUCAUUAAACAGGGUUCCAAACACUUUUUUUCUCAUUUAGUGGUCAUCUGUUUACCUAACAUCAUAAAAAAGGAGCCUGAAUUGAAAUUUCAGGUGCCAGCAAAAUAUUAUCAGAAAAAGAAAAAGACAAUUUGUUUAUUACUUUAUAAUGUGCUUGAUGGCUGGCCAUACCAGUUAUUUUAUGGCCUAUAUAUGGCUGGUAAACAAAAGAAAAAAAUCAAGGAGAAAGUCAUGGAGCAUAAGUAAUAUUUUAUAAAAAAUCUCGUAUCUCUUUGACUUCAGACCAUGCAAGCUAAGUCAUAAAAAAUUAAAACUUCAACACAGGUUGGAAAAUUGGUGAUUACAGGUACACAUUAAUUUGCCAAAAUUUUUUAGGUCACCAUGAGUGACCAAAGUAGAUACUGCUUGGAGGGCUGUGAAUUCCUCAGCCAAAUGACGAUGUUUAAACACCUUAAAGCUGAAGGGCUAAUGAAGAGUUCUAACUAAGGGAUGAUGCUCCAAACAUCAGCUUUAGAAGCUCUUUUUGGUGACCAAUUAACAUUAUUUAUCAGCUCAGUUGAUAAAACCAAAUUACAUUUGUGUAGUUUGUAAGAACCACUUGCAUAGUGGACAGUGUUAGCAUUGCUUAGCAGUUUGAAAUUUCUAAGAAUUUUAAUUUAAAAACCCCAGAAUACUACAUGUACUUCACACUAGUCAUGCACUAAAGGGUGAAAAAUGUUUCGGUUAAUGCAUCUUCAAAUGAAUAAGUCUGUAAUUUGGUGACUGAUAAGUUCAUUUUUGUAUGGUUCAAGGAGAUGGAAUCGCUAUGUGAGCCAGAUUGGCAUAGAAGAGGAUAGAUCAUUAAUUGAGAAAUGGGAUGAAGAGAAAAGACUUCAGAAGAGUGUAGAAAGAGGUACAAGAACUGUGUUUAAUUUAUGAAAAUAAUAAACAAAAUGAUUAAAUUUUAUGCAUGUCAAUGUUUUAAAAUAAUGUUUACUUUGAGUCAAGUCAGCCUGCCAAAUGCAGCAGUGAAACCUGACCAAAGACAUGGAUUGAGAUUUCUAUGCUAAGAUUUUGAUCAAAUAUGUAGCCUGUUUAUAUGUGGUAUUUCUUUUUAACCCUUUAAACUCCCAGAGGUGAUUAACAUGUAACAUCUCCGGGUAAUAUCCUUUCAUUGUCUAGCAAACAGGUAAUGAGAAUACUCACACUUAUCAGGUAGAGUUUGUUCUCUUGAUCUAACACCAAAUUCUUGCAACUAAUUUAAAAGGGAAUUUAUAACAGCUACAGGGGAGAAUUAACAAUCAAAUGUUGGAAGUUAAAGGGUUGAUAUAUUAGUUUAACUAUUCUUUUUUGGUAUAUUUUAUAUGAAUUUCAGCCACAAUAUAAAGAAUAUUUUUUACUUUUUUGUGUAGUAUUAGCUUAUAGGUUUAAUUUGUAUAAUAAUACAGUGUAGAAAAUGUUUGCUAAGUGAAAGUUAGGGAACUAACUAAUGUUUAUGAUUUUCUGUUUAAUCCAAAAAGGCCAAUGAGUUUUUAAACUUGAUAUUACAGAUGCAGUGUUGCUGAACUGUUAUUACUAUUUAAAGGAUUCCAAAAAGUAUAGUUUUAUUGAUCAUCUACCAGAUAUGGGUAAGAAACUGAAGAAUUUUCAUCUCUGUAAAUUAAGUUUAUAAAAACUGUUAGUACUAGUAUACUGGGGAUGAUAAAUACUUAAAGAAAUUGGAUAAAUAAGAGACCAAUGUUUAAGUGAUAAACAAUAAAAAUAUAGUUAACUUUACUAGCCAUACAAUUUAACAGCUUGUAUUCAACAUAAGAAGUUUUCCUGUAAACUUCAUCUUUGAAUACUAGGCACAAAUCUCUCUUCAUCAAAAUUAUCAAUAUUUGCUGUACUUGUAUCUUGAAGCUGCAGUACCCUAAGCUAUGCCAUUAGGGCAGUUAUCACAGGUGUACAUGUACAUACCUGUAAAUGCUUGGUCUCUGAAGCUUUCCUAAAUCUGUCGCAGUGAUAGUAGAAAGAAAGUAUUGAUCUUGUAUGUCAGCUCUGAUUGUACUUAAAGGAUUGUUCAGGGUGGAGUUGUCUCCAACGGCUGUUUCACUCCUUCAUAUCCUCGACAAUUCCACAGGUAGCAGAGUAAAUAAACAAUGGUUCCUUGUAAAGGACAGUAAACAAGCCAUAAAUGCAGUGUUAACAAUGACACCUUGGAGCUCACAAACUGUGAUCAGCUUUACCAAGGCCACAAAGAAAACUUUGAAAGAGCUGUUCUCGCUGUUGCAGGUUUGUAUUUUAUUCAAAUCAAGGCAUCCAUGUAUAGUUACAACUGGCCAAGCAAAUCAUAUAUAAAUUUUUUAAGAGUUCAUCUGUAUUGCAUUUUAAUCUCAAGCUUUUCAAUGGCAAUUAAAAUUCAAGGAAGUUGCUUUGAUUUGCUGCUAAAAAACUUUGAUCACUUCCAUCAAUGAUACCUUAUUUGCCUCCAAGUAGAAAACUCAGGUUCCACAGAGGAGAAACAUUUAUUACUGUGUAGUUCUAGUUACAGUAAAGAAGUGCUUUAAAGGACAGCCACAAUGCUUUAAUUAUGAUAAACUUAACAUAAUACUGUAUAUGUGUUUCAAUCUGCAGCUUUGUACAUGUGACUUGUGCAUUUGCACUUCUACUUUGCUAACAUGUUUUUGGAUGUUACUUUCCUUCAACAGUUUCCCUACCUCUUUCCAUUGAUGGAUAUUGAUUUUGUAUUUAGUCACAACCUAGUGAUGUUCAUCCAUCCUUACAGAUCUGCUGGAUCACUAAAAGAUCUUAUAUAUGGGGUAUGUGGGUGAUGAGACAGUGUAACUUUAUUACCAUGAUGCACAUAUAUUUUUUAAUGUUUAGUUGGUUGAUGCAACAAGCUCAUUCUUGGCCAUAGUAUUUUUAUAAGAAUUUUUUUGUCUUUAAUUUUUUGAUGUUUCAAAACUUCUCCACCCCUGACCUCCAAAACUUUAAAUCACAUCUUAAUGAAUUCAGUUUGUUCUAUAAUUUUAUUUUAAAUCAAAUUUGGUAAAGAACUUUCCACCCUCUGUUGACCUUUUGCCUUUGCUUUUUUCCCCAAUACAAGCAGGAGAAGCAUAAUGGAACUGGAAGCUGCCAUAGGGCAUGGGGCAAAAGUGAGCAAAAAAAGUGACAAGCUUGAAGGGGAAGAAAAGAAAGGAAAGUUGUCCAGCCUCCUGCUUUUCCCUUUUUUUUUAUCUCACUCUUGCCUUAUGCCCUCAUGGAGCAGAUGGUUUGCUCAUGCUUCAUCACUUUGAAUAAAGGGAGACAGUGUAACCUCUACAUAUCCAAGUUGACUUUGAAAAUACAAAGUUGAUUGCUAAAGGGAAUAACUACACUGUAGGUGGGAACAGAAAAUGUUUUAAUCCCAUUACAACAUCUGAUGAGGAAUGUUAAAGGAGCCUUAAAUCAUUAUCUUUUAGCUUAGUGAUAUUGUCUGGUUUUUCUGUGUUUAGUUUUGUAGACACAUUCAUGCAUCAUUAUUACUUAAAAUUUAUAUUUUACUUUCAGUCUCGUCCUCAGUCAUCUUGGGUUGAAAAGUACCAAGCGAGGGGAAAAGCUCUUUCACUCACACAAAUUCGUAAUUUUGGGCGACAAGUCUUAGAGGUAAAAGUCAGGCUGUUGCAAAGUGCCGUUUUGUGUUUGUUUGCUGAGGCCAGUUCCCAAGUUUUACUACUUUACAUGUUGUCUUUUAACUUAUGAACAGGCGCUGGUUUAUCUGAGAGAUAAAGGCUUCCCAACAUGUGGUCAUGUUCACUCUGGAAAUGUCUUUGUAAUCAAUGGAACAGCUAAGUAAGUCAACGAAGGUUAUUCACAAGUACAUGAUGGCGUGAAUUUUUCAAACUGAUUCCCUGAUAUUUCAGGCAGAAACUUUCCAGCUUUCCAUGAAAAUUCCAUAUUACAGAGGUCUUCACUGUUCUUUUAACCCUUUACACCCUGACAUCAGUAUGUAUAUUCUCCUUACUGUUCUUUAUAAAAUUCCUAAGAUACUGACAAGGAGAAUUUGUUUACCAAUCAAAAGCUUCUAUCGCUGAUGAUCAUUUCCUUUAUUCUCAUGACCUUAAUGUAUGAUUCAGAGGUGAUACUGUAAGGAGAAAUUAGAUGCUAGUCACUCUCAGGGUUUAAAGGGUUAAUUAUUGAAAUGAAUUACUUUUGUCAAUGUUUGAUUGUACAAUCUCUCUUUUUUGUACAAGUUGCCUACUUGUACUGUAGCACUUCAGAAGGUAGUCACGUCUGUACACUUUCUUGUUUACUUAGCGUUGGGUUUUUUUGGUAACACCAACGUGUUUACGUGCAAGAGGGAAGCAUUGAACUGUGUAUUGUGUAAAAUUAGAGUGGCACAUGCAAAUUUAUCAAAAUCUUGACCGUGCAUUGUCAAGUAAGUCAACGUUUACUUGCCUUUUCUCUUUGUAGGCUCUCUGGCUUUGAAAAUUCUAUGUUUGGCUGGAAAUCAAGGCUUUAUCCCACCAUUAAAAAGCUUAUCAAAAACAGAGACGAUGAUAUUGAAGUUAUUCAGUUUGGUAAGGAUGCAUUACUGGUUUUGAAGAAUUCAGUAUACUCUAAUAUUAAGUAGAUUACGAGCAGCUCCGAAAGGGUUCUCAGGCCCCUCACAAACUCCAUGCACCCACACACACUUUUCUCCUGGUCUCGAGUCUUGUGGUUUUCACCACUCAUGCAGCAGCACUGAUUAGAACCUUAUUUUAGGCUGGGUAUUUAUGUGUUUUGCUGAGUUUGCAAGGUGGAAGGUAACAAUUUGCCAAUGAAUUGAAGAGCAUUUUUAAAUUGGUUAUUUAAAGUAAUCCAAGAUUGAAUGGUUGUUGCUUCAUUAAGAAGUUUUGGCUGAUUUAGAAAACUCGCACUAUCUUUUCGGACAAAUAUCUGACGAAAAACUAAAGCUAGGACUUGUAGAUUAAGCGAGUUUUCCUCCUCUUCACACAAUUUAAACUUAUCUUCUCUGGGUCUUGGUGGUUCACUCUGGUGUUUCCUUUUUUUCUGUUUGGUCGUUGUGUUUGCACUUUAUUCUGUCUUACGACACCUCUUCCACCCCGUUAUAUUCUAAAAUGAUUUUCGCCUUUAUAAAUGCUAUUACUCAUAUACUUGCUGCACAGGACACUUGCUGUAUGAAAUGCUGGCCGGGUGGGAGUUGACCACAGCAGAACCAAGGAGAGAACAGCUAAAAAACUUUAAAAACACCCCAGUUGUGGAGGUUUGUAACUAAUUUUUCCAGCAUAGAGAUUGAACCUUUUACUGAUGAGAUAAUUUUCAUUCUCACGAAAUGAUAUGAAUGUACUUUUAGAAAACCCAAUGACACUGUCUUCAAUCUUUUUCCAGGUUAUCAAUUUUUUAUUCUUUAAUGAGAGCGAAAUGUAUCCAACCCUGGAUGAGGUAAGUAUGAAUCUUGUUCCAUGAUGGUCUCCUGUUGUUGAUGCAGGCAUGCAAGAUGCACUGAAAACGCUAGGGAAUUCUAAUUUUAAUUAAUGAGAUACUUUGCUACCGCUGAUCCUUACACGUAUCGUGGGAAAACAUUUCAAAAGGUGAAUGGUUUGGGUAUGUCCUACACAAUUAUUGCUCACUACUAGAGGGCUUUUGGGUGGAGGUUUGAUAAACUAGAAAUAAGUAAUCAGAGUGACCAAUUGGAGGAAAGCUAAAUAUUGCAAGGAGCCAAUGAGAAUGCAAGUUAAUAAUAUUACCAGGCUGAAGCAGGGGAAGACAGGAGUGAUUUAUUGCAUCUUAUUUAUCGGUGGUGUGAUAAGAGAUAUUUGGACCAAUCAAAGAAACUCUUUUUUUUUUUUUUUUCAUUUAGCAAAACCAAAACAAUCAAGGAUUACUUUGCAUACUAAAUUUGAUUUUUUUCAAUUUUCAUUUUUCUUUCUUUUUUUAGCUUUUAGCUCAUUCAUUCUUCAAAGGAGGUGAUGUCAGUGGACUUAAAAAGUUUAACCCUGGUCCAGUGAGUGGCAUUUUCUUUUCUCUUUUCAUGUCUGACUAGUUGCCAUUCGUCUUUUUCCAUGCACUGUAACACACCUUAUUCUCACAUUGAAAUACAUUGAAAUACCUAGUGUUGUAAAUUGAACUUCUCUCUUUGUUCAGAUCCGAUUUAGUUCAAAUGUGAAACAACUCCUUAAACUAUAUAGGAAUGAUGGCGAAGAAAGACAAAGGUACAACUGAAAUUAUUGAACAGUUUUAUGCUAUUGUAAUAAACUAUUUAUUGAAAUCUUCUCGAAUUAAAUGAGAAAUUAACGUCUUUAGAUAUAAAAGCUUAUUAUUUGUUCAUUUGUUCCUUUUUUUCCUUUCUUUUUCUUUCCUAAGUUUAUUCGUUCCAUAGCUCGCGGGUUCCUCUUCUUCCUUUAUCAAUCUGCUUGCAUCUCCUUAAAAUUCUCACUGUACCUCAAAGAUGAUUACAUUUUUAACUCGUGAAUUGCGCGCAUGCGUAAGAGCGAGUUGUAGAUACGAUGUGGGGAAUGACACUCGUUCGAUUGGUCGAUUCCUGUAAACUUUUUUUCGAUUUUAGGCUUUUGAGUGCAUUUGAUAGUUUUUGGCGAGAAAUAAACAAACGAAAUGGCGACCUUUGUUGCUAAGAAUAGUGGUGGGGUGACAAAGAAGCCAAUGAUAAUCUUAAAAUAAUUUUUUUUUCGUUUUAGUUUCAACAAGCGGCGCAAGGAUUCAAACUGAAAUAACAGAACAACCUUCGUUUUUCAUAAAAUUGUAAUUUAUAAUCCUUGAACUUGAAAACAAUCCGAAGAUUCAUUAAAAAUAUCACUUACUGCGAAGCGCUCGGAGUUAACAGAUGUUCAAAAGCUUUUUCUGUUACGGCGUGAGAUUGAGGACAAAAUCGAUCAUUACGUUUCGUAUCGUGUGUUUUUCCUGUGAGAAACAACACAAGAUGCCGGCGACUAACGAAAUUACAAGUUAACACGAAAUCAAAUAACACCUAAGCAAACAAUUUUAGCUACCGAUUUUCAGUGAUUUUUUUAAAGAACAAUUUUCUUUUAAGUUUCAAGACAAUUUGAAGAUUCAAAAUACAUAUUACGUACUGAAAUGCGAAAGUUAUACACCACAAAAUUGAUAAAUAGGCCUGAAAUGAAAUUCAAUCUUGUUAUUGAUUAUACAUUGCCUAGCACUUGACUAAAAUCUACCCAGGCGGAGAUCCAAAAUGACGGUGGCGGUCUUAUUUUAGUUUUAUCUCUCAAAACUCCUUCCCGUUUGUCUCAUUUGAUAAAGAGGGAAUCGUUAAUGUUUUCAUUAAGAAAGUAUUGCCUUGAUUUUCUAAUAUUUACAAUGAUAGACAGUAAAUUUCACUUUUCACGCACAUUUACUUCCAACCUUUUCUUUUGAACCAGAAACAGAAAUGAUAUACGUUUAAAACACAUGACAUCAUCCACCCUUGUCAAAUGCAAUAGCAUGAUCAUUUCAAUUGUAAUGCCUUCUUAUCCCAACGUUACUUUGUUUCUUUGCUACGUUAGCGAACACUGAACUACUGUUCGUACUCUAGAUAUGACAAUCAACCACAAAAUUCCCUAAACCUGAUAACAUUAAACAUAAUCCAAAAAAUCAUGUGUCAAUUCACGAGUUUGCUCACAGAGUACUUUGAUAUCUUACAAAGUUAGUUGUUGUUGUUAUUUUGUUUGGUUUUGUUUUUGUGACUUCUUUUUUCCCCUUCAUUUGAAAGGAAACGAAAAAUGUCCUCGAGGAAAUCAAAACAAGACGACAGCAAAGCAGUUAAGAAAGAGAAGAGUUCUUCCAAGUGAGUUGUGCAUUGUAAUCCGGUUUAGGAUGCGAACGUCUUACUGAUGACCUUAGGAAGGAGGCAUCUUUAGGUUUUAAAGAGCAUACGUGAUUGCCACCGCCGAGUUACCAUUGAAGUUAAGAGACUUAUUGAUAUGCACAGUAGAUGUAAUUGGAUGGAACAUGUUGUACUGACUGAAGUGAAGUUAUCUUGCUACAAAUUUUGGCGAAACUCCUAAUCUGUCACCGUAUAGCGUGCUUAUGUGAUGAGUGUAUCAGGAAUGGUUGGUGUCGUAGUAUCACAAAAUAGCAAGUAUAAUUAUGAAACCAUGAUAUAUAAACAAUGGUAUAGGUUGAGUCUGCCAAGUGUCCCUUCUAGCCGGAGCUAACCCCGUUUCCUGGGAUGUGAAGUCAUGAGGAGUGUUGCUCCUUCCCCUGAAAAGUAUGCCAGGUUACCCCCCCCCACCCCUACUUAGUAUUUAAUCUGGUUCCCCUGGUUAUUUUCCAGUACCCAUAUAUACCCAUUUACAGUACCCAAUUCAUAAUGACCCACCUGAUGUCUAGCGCGUUAACCGUUUAGUCAUCCAUCAGAAAGAGGACUACAGAGGCUGAAGUCAGGACUGUGAACUUUAAAUGGGAGCAAGCCUCGCGGUGUGUCCUAUAGGAAUAGAGAAACUUUUUCCUGUCCCAUGCACCACUUAGUGUUUGAUGAUAGAUGAGAAAAAAUUAUUCUCCUUCAUCUCACUUUCAAAUCACGUUGUAACUGUUGUUCUUCUAUUUUCAGAUCAAAAGCCAAACGCACGUCUGUGGACGAAAAAAGGGUUCCGUCCGUCCAGUUCCUGGCCACUUAUCCGCCGAAACCACCUCCACCUCCUUUCCCAAGUGAAGUUCCACCCCCUCCUCGGUUAAAACGUCCAUCAGUGCCUGUAGAAAAAGCGGCACCAAGACCUCCGAGCAGUUCUGGCCGAGGAGCACUCCUGAGUCAAAUCCAAAAAGGUGCAAGGCUUAAAGCGACAAAAACGAACGACAGAAGCGCCCCGCGAGUAUGAACGGCAGCUGCUGAUUUUAGCCCAGUAUUGAAUGAUGCAGCACAUAAGUUAAUCCUGUACAUGAUAAUGAUGCCAUAGUAGACGUGCUAAUAAGUGCAAGGUCUACUCGUGCAGGAGGUGAAAUUGACGGACAAAAGAUACUUUGAGUAGAUCUAUUUUUAAUGUCGUAGAGUAUUGCUAUUAUCAUCGUAUUUCUCAUUGUUGUUAUUUUUUCUCAAAUUCAUUAUGAUCAGUCGUGCCGGAUUUUAAGAGAUUAUAGGGAACUUUCAAGAUCCGUCUUAGAUGGUUGAUCUGUAGAAUAACAGCAGCUAGAGUUUAUUAGUACUCAUUAUUACUCGAACUUACUCGAAAAUUUCAUAGAAAGAUUUUGGCAAGCAUUUCAAAUUUAAUAUAUAAUUUCAAAUUAAUAAAUUAUUAACCGGUCACAGCCUCAGCUGUUCUAACAUGAAUAGCGAGAUCGUAAAUCUUAUCUGUCACAAACGUGAACCAAGAAAAGGAAGAGUUCUUUCAUUUGUUCCGUUGCGUGAUUGCGCGUAAUUGUUCUUUCCCAUCAGCUCAAGUGUUUGAUCACGUCACGCAACGUGUGUCUGUGUGACAAGGUUAAACAACGGCUGUACGGAGACUAGGUGGGUAGUGUUUACUAAAUGCCCUUUUUUUUUUUUUAAUUCAGUUACUCUUUUAUCUCUUUUGCUAACCUUAUCCAAAGAAAUUAAGAAACAAUCAUGAAAUACGAUAAAUUUAAUGAUAGAGAGAGAAAGAGUAAAGAUUAUCAGUUUUUUUUUUGUAUUGUGAGAUCUAGAAGAUAUUUAUUUGCUAUGUUUAAAAGCUUCGAGUCGCUAUUUAAUUUAUUACAUCCUAAAAGUAGAUUACAAGUAGAUUUAUGCAAUAUAGCGUUAUUGAUGCGUGACGAAAUAAUUUACUAGGAAAAUGGAAUUUGAAGCCUUUGUUGCUUCCCUUGCUAUGCUAAGUUAUUCGCUUUUCUCGUAUAGAAAGAUCUUUUGCAGUUAUUAUUUUUUUAAAAAAAGAGGAAAAAGGAAUACUGAAUUGGUUUAACAAUAGUUUUUACAUGUUUUUAUAAUCUUCAAAUUAUCAGUAUUAACAAAUUCUUUGAUAUGCAAUAGGAUGAGUUUUAAAAUAAAACUUGUUAGGAUCGAAUCAUUCUCAUAACUGACCCUCUCGUGUACUGCAAUAAAAUAACGGAAAAAAGAUAAUAUUUUUCUGAUGCUUCAAUUUUUGUACGGUUUUAUCCUUCUACGUCAUUAGAGUGUAACCAAAAAUGUUUUAGAGAAGUUACUAUAUUUGCUGACAGAUAAGGAACAAACGUGUCUUCCAGAUCUGAGGCAAUAUGUUAUUACAAGAAAGAAAAAUUUUCGAAAUUAAGCAGGGAUGAACGGACUCCAAAGAAUUUCUCAUAGGGUAUUUAUUACGCUUUGCCAUUACUAAUUAUUUUACGACUGUCAAGAUCUUAAGCUAUUAACUGAAGAAAAUAUAUUCGACACAGUGAUAAUUAUUUUGUCUAAUUUUACACUUUAAUUUACACAAAAUAGUUAAAAACAUAUCACAGAGAGAAGGACCAUUGCUUUUUCAUGAAUCAGUAUCCACUCUGAUUUAAAUUAAACGAAAACAGACAAGCAUAGAUCAUAGAGAAUGGAGAGCAGAAAUAAUAAGCC